GUAAACGCUCCCAGGACUUUUGCAGCGCAUGCGAGGUGGUCGACACACAGAAGUUUCUUAAGAAACCUUCGUUAAAAAAAUAAAUAAAAAUACUACCUUAAUGUCGGAACUGCUGGAUCCGUGCACACCGAUGAUAUGGUUACCUUUAUUACGGUGUUACAGGUGAACCUUGUGAUGUCCGCGCUGCUGUACCUGAUGUUCCUGGCGUACCUGCUGGGGUUCCAGGCCCGGCCCUCGGACCGGCGCCCGCCCGCCCAGGACCCCGUCGGCGCCCUCAUCAUCCAGCUCCUGCAGGAGGGCCUCUCCCGCGAGCGGCAGCGCGGCGGCGGGGGGGCGGCGGAGCCUCCCGACGGGGAGGCGGGGCCGUCCGAGAGGGAGGCGCCCGGCCCGCACGAGCACGAGGCGUGGGAGGACUACCCGGAGGAGGCCGCCGCCACCGCCGCCGCCGCCGCCGGCCCCCUCUUCCUCCUCCGGCGGGCCGCCCCGGACGUGGGCGCCGACCUGCUGCGGCAGAGCAAGCGCUACAGCUCGCCGCGGGUGCUGCUGAGCGACCGGCCGCCGCUGGAGCCGCCGCCGCUCUACCUGAGGGACGAGCACGCCGGCGGCGGCGUCGGCGGCGGGGGCGGGGCCAACGGGACGCGCCGGCGCCGCCACGCCCAGCACCGCAGCUACCGCGGCGAGUACUCGGUCUGCGACAGCGAGAGCAAGUGGGUGACGGACAGGACGGCGGCGGUGGACAUCCGCGGGCGGGCCGUGACCGUGCUGGGCUCCGUCAGGGCCGGCGGCCUGGAGGUCAAGCAGUACUUCUACGAGACCAACUGCCGCAGCGCCCGGCCCGCCCGCAGCGGCUGCCGCGGCAUCGACGACAAGCACUGGAGCUCGCAGUGCAAGACGGCGCAGACGUACGUGCGGGCGCUCACCGCCGAGCGCAGCUCGGUGGGCUGGCGCUGGAUCCGCAUCGACACCUCCUGCGUCUGCGCGCUGUCGCGCAAGAAGCGCCGGACGUGA